GGAGGCGGUGGCCUCCGCCAUCUUGCCGUUCCCUCCCUCAGUGCGGCUGGAUUGAAUGAGCGCGCCGCUUGCUUGUCCCGCGAAGCGAGAGCCAUGUCGGGGACCCCAAGCCGCGCCGCCCCCGGCGGGACCCCGCUCUCCCCCGCCCGCAUCUCCCGGCUGCAGGAGAAGGAGGAUCUGCGGCAGCUCAAUGACCGCCUGGCCGUCUACAUCGACCGGGUGCGGGCGCUGGAGCUGGAGAACGACCGGUUACUGCUGAAGAUCUCCGAGAAGGAGGAGGUCACCACCCGGGAGGUGAGUGGAGUCAAGACCCUCUAUGAAUCUGAGCUGGCUGAUGCCCGAAGAGUUCUGGAUGAGACUGCAAGAGAGAGGGCCAAACUACAGAUUGAAAUAGGAAAGCUAAGAACAGAACUUGAUGAGGUCAAUAAGAACUACAAAAAGAAAGAUGCAGAUUUGUCCGUGGCUCAGAGUCGCAUUAAGGAUCUUGAAGCCCUGUUCCAUAGAAGUGAAGCAGAACUCAGUACUACUCUUAAUGAGAAGCGCAGUUUGGAAGCAGAGAUUGCUGACCUGCGGGCCCAGCUUGCUAAGGCAGAAGAUGGUCAUGCUGUGGCUAAGAAGCAAUUGGAGAAGGAGACGUUGAUGCGGGUGGACUUGGAGAAUCGCUGCCAGAGCUUACAAGAGGACCUGGAUUUCCGGAAGAACAUAUUUGAGGAGGAAGUAAGAGAGACAAGGAAACUGCAUGAGCACCGUUUAGUUGAGAUAGACAGCAGUCACCAGCAGGAGUAUGAAUCCAAAAUGGCCCAGGCCCUGCAGGAUCUGCGCAAUCAACAUGACGAACAGAUCAAACUGUACAAAAUGGAGCUGGAACAGACCUAUCAGACCAAGUUGGAGAAUGCCAAACUGUCCUCUGACCAAAAUGACAAAGCUGCCAGUGCUGCCCGGGAGGAGCUGAAGGAAGCUCGCAUGAGGAUAGAGUCUCUCAGCUACCAGCUUUCUGGCUUGCAAAAACAGGCUAGUGUUGCAGAAGAUCGCAUUCGGGAACUGGAGGAUAUGAUGGCUGGUGAGCAGGACAAGUUCAGGAAGAUGCUAGAUGCCAAGGAGAGGGAAAUGAUGGAAAUGAGGGACCAGAUGCAGCAGCAGCUUGCAGAAUACCAGGAACUGCUUGAUGUCAAAUUAGCGCUGGACAUGGAGAUCAGUGCUUACCGAAAACUUCUGGAGGGUGAGGAAAAGAGGUUGAAGCUCUCUCCAAGCCCGUCCUCCCGUGUGACAGUCUCCAAGGCUACCUCCAGCAGCAGCAGCACCAGCACUUCGGUUCUUCGCUCUUCUCGAGGCAAGAGAAAACGGGUUGAAGCAGAGGAACUUGCAGGCAGUGGUACAAGUGGAAUUGGCACUGGGAGUAGUAGCACCAGCGGUAGCAGCAGUAGUUUCCAAAUGUCCCAGCAAGCCUCAGCCACAGGAGGCAUCAGCAUAGAAGAGACAGACCUGGAGGGAAAAUAUGUUCAACUUAAGAACAACUCUGAGAAAGACCAGUCUCUGGGUAACUGGAGACUGAAGAGACAAAUUGGAGAUGCAGAAGAAAUUGCUUAUAAAUUUACUCCAAAGUAUGUCCUCAGGGCUGGGCAAACUGUUACAAUCUGGGCUGCAGAUGCAGGUGUGACUCAUAGCCCCCCAUCUGUCCUUGUGUGGAAGAAUCAGAGCAGCUGGGGCACUGGAGGAGACAUCCGCACAUAUCUGGUGAACUCUGAUGGAGAGGAAGUUGCAGUAAGAAGCAUCACAAAAUCAGUUGUGGUGCGGGAGAACGAGGAGGAUGAUGAAGCAGAGUUUGGAGAAGAGGAUCUCUUUCACCAGCAGGGGGAUCCCAGGACAACGUCUAGAGGAUGUUCAGUGAUGUGAAAAAAACAUUAUUAUUUGCUAUUUUUUCCUUUCUUUACUUUUAUUUUUGCUAUUUUUUUCCUCCAGAGCCACUGAAAACUAUUUUUAUAUGUAUCAUCUGAUUUCUUUAAAAGUUUACUGCUUGGUACAUUUUUAUAGAAAAUUUUAAUCAAGCAAAACUGCCAAGAUUUUUAAAUAGACUUCUUUAUCCUCCCCCCUACCCACUGUUGGAAUAUUGGAUUAUUUUCCCACCAUUAAAACUUUUGUCAUAUAUUCAAACCUGCAGUAGAAUGAAUUUUAAGCUAAAAUGGGACAGGACUCCUUGAGUGUAGGGUAAAUAUUAGGGCUGUCGAUUAAUCACAGUUAACUCAUGCGAUUAACUAAAAAAAAUUAAUCUCGAUUAAUCGCACUGUUAAACAAAAGAAUACCAAUUGUAAUUUAUGAAAUAUUUUUGGAUGUUUUUUAUGCAUUUUCAAAUAUAUUGAUUUCUAUAACACCACAGAAUACAAAAUAUACAGUGCUCACUUUAUAUUAUUGUUGAUUACAAAUAUUUGCACUGUAAAAAUGAACAAAAGCAAU